UUUUCUUUCACUCGCGCGAGUCGGUGAAUUACAAAGAAAUACACAGAAAGAGCUUCGUUUACGUUAACGAUCGAGCUGUUCUUCUUCUCCAACGCAUUCUUCCUUCCGAAAACCCUAAUUUUCAAAAAAGGAUUCAAUCUCUCCACUCCUGCACUGAAGAUCAGGAGUUCGGGUUCGAAAUUCUGUUGAAUUUUUCGACAGUUUCGGUGGAUUUUCAGUUGCUCGGGUUUGAAUUAGGGUUUUAGAUAUGCAGACCGAGUUCAAUUGGAUGCCGGAUCGGUAAUGCAGGGUUUUGAUCACUAUCGUUGCGUGGAUUUCGAUUCCUUCAAGUGAAGGGAAGCAUGGCGCAGAGUAACUGGGAAGCAGAUAAGAUGCUUGAUGUUUAUAUUUACGAUUAUUUGCUGAAGAGAAAUUUGCAUGCUUCUGCGAAAGCCUUCAUGACUGAAGGGAAGGUCGCUGCUGAUCCAGUAGCCAUUGAUGCUCCUGGUGGUUUUCUCUUUGAAUGGUGGUCUGUGUUUUGGGACAUUUUCAUUGCAAGGACGAAUGAGAAACAUUCUGAAGUUGCUGCAGCUUACAUUGAGGCACAACAGAUGAAAGCUAGGGAGCAACAACAACAGAUUCAAAUGCAGCAGUUGCAACUUAUGCAGCAACGGCAUGCUCAAUUGCAGCGAAGGGAUGCUAGUAAUCCUUCACUCGGUGGUCCAAUAAAUGCUAUAAACUCUGAAGGAAUGUUAGGGCAAUCCACUGCCAGUGUUUUGGCCGCAAAAAUGUACGAGGAACGUAUGAAACAUCCACAUUCGAUGGAGUCAGAGUCAUCCCCACAACUACUUGAUGCCAGUAGAAUGGCACUUCUGAAAUCAGCAUCCAACCAUCCCGGCCAGUUAGUCCAAGGUAAUCCGGGCAGCGUGUCUGCAGCAUUGCAGCAAAUGCAGGCGCGAACUCAACAGACCACUGACAACAAAGGUGAUGUCAACUUGGGUGCAGCUCAACGAUCUCUGCCCAUGGAUCCAUCAUCAAUCUAUGGACAGGGCCUUCUGCAUUCAAAAUCUGGAAUAGGUAGCGCAGGAUUGAACCAAGGUGUCAGUGGUCUUCCAUUAAAGGGUUGGCCUUUAACUGGCAUUGACCAACUACGGCAAAAUUUAGGCCCACAAGUACAGAAGCCUUUUCUACAGUCAUCAAAUCAGUUUCAGAUUUUGACGCCACAGCAGCAGCAGCAGCUCCUGGCACAGGCUCAGGCGCAGGGAAGUCUUGGGAGCUCACCUAAUUAUGGAGAUUUGGAUCCUCGAAGAUUUAGGCUUUUACCUAGGGGUAGCUUGAAUGGGAAAGAUGGUCAGCCCACAGGAAAUGAUGGUUCUGUAGGCUCCCCAAUUCAAUCAAGCUCACCAAAGGUCAGAUUAGGUCCACAGGAUCAAGCAGAAUUUCUUGUGAAGAUGAAGAUCUCCCAGAUGAAUCAGUCCUCUGCUCAGCAACAACAGGACCAACUACAGCAGCAGCAGCAGCAAUUACAACAGGUUGUACUUAAUAACAGAAAACGGAAACAACCAUCUUCUUCUGGAGCUGCAAACAGUACUGGUACGGGAAACACAGUUGGCCCUUCUCCUAACUCCCCACCAUCAACCCCAUCCACUCAUACACCUGGCGAUGGAGUGGCCAUGGCAGGAACUUUGCAACAUGUGAACAGUAUGUCCAAAAGUUUAAUGAUGUAUGGUACAGAUGGAACUGGCGGACUUGCAUCAUCUUCAAAUCAGCUGGAGGACAUGGAACACUUCGGAGAUGUUGGAUCCUUGGAAGAUAAUGUGGAAUCAUUUUUGUCGCAUGACGAUGGAGAUGCAAGGGACAUAUUUGGUACAUUAAAAAGAAGUCCUACAGAUCACAGUAAUGAGUCUGCAAAGGGUUUUUCCUUUAGUGAAUUUGGUUGUAUACGUACAAGCAAUAGCAAAGUUGUCUGCUGCCAUUUUUCUUCAGAUGGAAAAUUUCUGGCUAGUGCUGGGCAUGAGAAGAAGGCUGUUCUUUGGAAGAUGGAUACACUGGAAACAGUGAGUACUCCAGAAGAACACACUCUUAUCAUUACAGAUGUACGUUUUAGGCCAAGUACAACUCAGCUGGCAACAUCUUCUUUUGACAGAACCGUGCGACUAUGGGAUGCAGCGGAGCCAAGCUAUUGCUUGAACACGUAUACUGGUCAUGGGUCACCUGUGAUGUCAUUAGAUUUCCAUCCAAAGAAGACUGACAUCUUCUGCUCGUCUGAUGGUAAUGGUGAAAUCCGCUUCUGGAAUAUCAGUCAGUCCUCGUGCAUCCGCAUGUCUACGCAGGGAGGUACAGCACAAGUGAGAUUUCAGCCUAGGCUUGGGCAUCUUCUUGCAGCAGCAGCAGAAAAUGUUGUCUCCAUUUUUGACAUCGAGGCAGAUAGGCAGACACUCUCACUACAGGGGCAUACUAAAGAGGUGCACUCUGUUUGCUGGGAUGCAAAUGGGGAUUAUUUGGCAUCUGUUAGCCAGGACUCAGUGAGGGUAUGGUCCUUAGCAUCAGGAGAGUGCAUUCAUGAGCACAGCUCCAAUGGGAACAAGUUCCAUUCUUGCGUUUUCCAUCCAAAUUAUUCUACCCUCUUGGUUAUUGGGGGGUAUCAGUCUUUGGAGUUGUGGAACAUGGCCGAGAACAAAAGCUUGACCGUUCAAGCACACGACGGCUUGAUUGCUGCAUUGGCGCAAUCCCCGGUUACUGGGAUGGUUGCUUCCGCAAGCCACGACAAGUCUGUUAAGCUAUGGAAAUAGAUGGUCCCGGCAGUUGUGUGGUGGAUAUUGCUGUAUCUUUUUGAGCAGAUGGCAUCCUCAGUUCUCAGCACUGAUUCAAAUAUAGUAAGAAAAGGAAGAAAUAGAAAUGGUUGUCUUGUGUUUGA